GCAGUCCCGCAGCCCAGCGGGGUGAAGGCUUUCCCGGAGAGGAGCAGACCCGCCCCUGCCUGGGCCAGGGAGGGACUGGAACCAGCGGGGGAGGUUUGCCCCUGGGCUGUCAUCCUUGAGAGACCAGGGACCCAGCAGCAGAAGUGGAGAUCGGUAGCUCGAAAGAGUUGCACCGGGCAUCUGAUGUCCGUGCUGCUUAUCUACCCAACAAGCAGGCUGUUUAUGCAACAGUACCCCGUUCCAGCACUGCCAAGGCUAUGCGAGAGCGCGGCCAGGGCAGCCUGGCAGGACUCAGGACUCGCUCUGCCUGUAGGACUCUCUGGGCACCCCGGGAUGCUUCACAGGGCCAAGUACAGCCGCUUUCGGAACGAGUCCAUCUCGUCUUUGGACGAAGGCAGCUCCGGAGGCUCAGUCGGGAACAAGGGCUCAGCGCACCCUCCCUACCCAACCGUGGCACCUCCUCACCUGCCCUGUGAAGAUGCUACUGUGCCAGCCCAAGAAAGCCCCACUCCACUGUGCACCUUGAUCCCUCGCAUAGCGAGCAUGAAGCUAGCCAACCCUGCCACUUUGUUAAGUCUGAAAAACUUUUGCCUGGGUAUCAAAGAGGUGCCCCGGAUGAAACUCCAAGAAAGCCGGGACCAGGCUCCCAGCAGCCCAGCUUCCUCGGAAACCAGUCCAAGUAGGACUGGGUCUGCAGCUACCCUGCGACCAGAUCUUUUGGGACACAGGCCCACCCCUUUCCCUCCUGACCCUUGCCCAUUUCCUGACCCUGGAGAGCUAGCCCCCAGAAGCAGGCAGGAUGGGAGCUUUCUGCAGGACCUGUUGGGGACCGGCAAGAAUUACUGUGUGAGGUACAUGGGCUGCAUUGAAGUGUUGCAAUCAAUGAGGUCACUGGAUUUCGGAAUGAGAACCCAAGUUACAAGGGAGGCAAUAAGUCGCCUGUGUGAAGCUGUCCCUGAGGCCACUGGAGCCAUUAAAAAGCGAAAGGUGCCAGUUAAGUUCCAAUCAACAGUUCUUGGCAAAAGUAAUCUUCAGUUUUCGGGAAUAAAUAUAAAACUGACCAUCUCAACUUGCAGCCUCACACUGAUGAAUCUUGACAACCACGAGAUUAUUGCAAAUCACCAUAUGCAAUCUAUUUCAUUUGCCUCUGGAGGGGAUCCUGAUACUACAGACUAUGUUGCCUACGUAGCUAAAGAUCCAGUUAAUCAACGAGCAUGUCACAUACUGGAAUGUUGCAAUGGAAUGGCCCAAAAUGUCAUAAGUACCAUAGGGCAGGCAUUUGAACUGCGGUUUAAACAGUACUUGAAAAAUCCUUCCUUGAAUGCUUCUUGUGAAAGUGAGGAGGUACAUGUUGAUGGCUCCACUGAGGAGCAAGGUGACUAUUACAAUGCAAUCCCAGGGAAGCAGCCACCUGCAGGCGGUGUCUCCGAUGUGCGGAUCAAGGUUCAAACCACAGAAAAAAUGGUUUAUUGCCCUGUACAGUGUGAAAAGUUGUGUUAUUUACCUGGGAACUCCAAAUGCAGCAGUGUAUAUGAGAACUGUGUGGAACAGAGCAGGGCGAUAGGUAAUUCCCAUAAAAGAGGAGUGCAGUCCCAAUAUGAUGCCUCAUUAAUGAAGCAUUCGUGUCAAGUGGAUCUCUUAGAUGACCGGUGCUACAUUAACACGCAAGCUCUUCAACAUACACUUGGCUGUGCUCCAAAUCAAAGCUCUCCUCAGCCCCAGGGGAGCUGGUGGCAUGUCAGAAAGGCACCAGAAACUGUCCAGCCAAGAGCUUCAGUCAAGCCUGCCAGCUCAUAUUCUUUGCCACACCUUGAGCAGCAACUGUGGAAUGAAGAAUGCUACCAUGGCAAGCUCAGCAGGAAGGCAGCAGAAAACCUUUUGGUAAAGGAUGGAGACUUUUUGGUUCGAGAGAGUGCAACAUCCCCUGGUCAAUAUGUACUGAGUGGACUCCAAGGUGGACAGGCAAAACAUCUUCUCUUGGUGGAUCCUGAAGGCAAGGUGAGGACCAAGGAUCACAUAUUUGACAAUGUUGGCCACCUUAUCAAAUACCAUAUGGAUAACAGGUUGCCAAUCAUCUCAUCUGGAAGUGAAGUAAGUCUUAAACAACCAGUGAGAAAAGAUAAUCCUGAACUUUUACAAUCCAAGAAGUGACAACAUUGAAACACCAACACAGUGACAUUGGAAGAACAUCCAUCUUAUAGUUGCACAAGAGGGCCAUCCAACUCUUCUGUAAAUAAGGUAGAGCACAGACUGUAAGUGCAUCUUUCUGAGACCAUCAUGGACCAAUUCUUUUAUAAAACAGAGGACUAGCAAAAUAUGCUCAGAAAAUAAAAACUAGAAAAGAAGAGGAGGAUGGGCCCAUUUGAAAAUAAAUUAUACACAUGCCUGGGUGUCACUUUUUCAGGUCUUCUCAUGUUGAUAAAAAGAUAAAAGCACAACUGAAAUCUCACAAGCUAAAGGCAACUUGAACUGCUUGGUAUGUGCCUUUCAAUUCAUAAUUGGGGAACAAUUCCUCAUGACAGAGAUCAGUUUCCAGUGUCUCCAUCUUCCUUAGCCAUAGAACCAUUUGCCAAAAUAAAAGCUUUUUCUUGCUAAGAACAAAAAAGAAGCAAUGUUUUUGAUUGUAUUAUCUUUACUACAUUUUCCUUUUAGUCAUAUUCUUCACUGUGAUGCUCAUGAAUUCAGACUGUCUUUGCCAGUAGAAUCAAAUCAGAAGCCACCCACCCUGUGUCAGUCAGUUUCAUUGCACUGUCACAUUUGUUGGUCAAAGGAGCCCAAAUUCACUGGCCUAAUAUUCUUCAAUCUUUGAGCUCUGUAGGAUUCACAUAUCACAUAUGACAAAACAAUGAGGUUAAAUCUAUUGAUCACUUUUGACUUUGUCACUUUCUUUUGCCCUUCCAACAAAAACUCUUGAAUGUAUGAAGUUAAAAAGAUGAUAAGUGGGCUGGAGAGGUGGCUUAGCGGUUAAGCGCUUGCCUGUGAAGCCUAAGGACCCCGGUUCGAGGCUCGGUUCCCCAGAUCCCAU